AAAGUAAAAACAAACACACCACUUAGAAAAAGGGAAACAAACAAAAACCAAAAAACACAUCAGCUUACUCUUUGGCCCAAGGAACAGGAAAGUCUCCUCUUAAAUGUGGAAGCCUGCUCUGGGGAUCCCCGUUCCCCUCUGCACCCCGAGUUCUCGCGCCCUGAGGCCGGUCUCCCCGCUGUGACGAACUCUGUCUAACCAGAGGGCCACACGCUCAAACCUGUGACCCAAACCGCCCAGAGGGCGCGUUCGCCGCUCAGGGCCCCACCCCCGCCGGGGCAAGGGGCACGGGGCACAGGGGCGGGCGGGCGGCAACGGGGAGUCGCGGAGGAGGUCGCCGCCCUGUCCCUGCAGCGCGAGCGCCGCGGGCCGCUAGGAGCCAUCACUAUGGCCGCUCGGGCUUGGAGGCUGCUGGCCAGGAGCGCCUGUUCCUCGGCGGCGCCAUCGGAGAGCCGGAGACUUGAGUAUUAUCGGCACCGCGAGGCCUACGGGUACUUCCUGCCCAUCCAGACGAGGUGGCAGGACAACGACCAGUACGGCCACGUGAACAACGCUGUGUACCACGGCUACUUCGACACCAUCGUCAACCACUACCUCAUCAGCCUGGCGUCUGGAGGGGCAGUUGCAGGUGACGCUUUUCAAUGGGAAGCCACCUGUCCACCCUUUGUGCUGUCCUCGGAGAAAUCUGUUGUCCCAGGAAGUCUUCUCUUGGAUGGCGGUCUGGCUGCUACGCGGAGCGGGCUUCUCGUCCGAUCACAGUGCUUCCAGGGCUCGGCGCGGGGUGGACAGCUUGUCCUGAGCAGGCGAUGGUGGGGUGUCCUGCUGGCGGCCCCUUCCACUUGCAGUGCCAGGAAGGUCCGCACAGCCUGUUUGUGAGCGCGUUCCUGGGUGUGUGCGUGUUUGCACAACUGCAUGUUCACGAGCGUGGUUCUGACAGACUCCGCCAAGGAUUUGCUCAGCUAUUGCCUCCCGCUUUGAGAUGCUGCAUGGCCGUGUGUCACAGGUGGAGAGCAAUUGCCACCUUCCUGAGCUGCCUUCCGAGGGCGUAGGACAUUUAGUUGCCCCUGAGAGGCCUGUAAGUACCACCGGGAAGGAGGUCCAGACGCCCCGUGAGUCAUCUGCAGGGCGUGGGCGCCCUGGCUGGACCUUUCAGAAGCAGAUGCUAUAGGCUUGGAAUUCAAGUGCUAGCCGUCGGUGGCCAUGCGACUGGACGACUCACCCCUUAAGCCCUAGCUUCCUCCUCUGCGAAGCAAACGCCUAACACAUACCAAGUGCUCAACACCAGGCGGUGAUGGACGAGACCGGGCUCUCAGCUGUGCCGUGGACUAGCUGGCUGGCCUGUCCUGUUUCUCACCUGAGGCACUGCUGUGUAGAAUGAGGGGCUCGGGGGGCCCAUCUCGCUCUGACCUGUGACACCUGGGGUUUCUCCAGAGGUCUUGCUACCCCCCGUCCUUGCUUGUCCCUCUGUUAGACCAUCUCUGCUAGAAGACGCUGGCUCACCUCUCCUACCCCCUUACACGUGUCAGCUCCUUCCCGAGGACGUGUCCACAUGCCUCCUCAGCAUCACAGCAGCAGGGGUUCCAGCACCGGAGGGAAGGCGUGAAGGUGGAAGCUGAGCAGGGGUCCAGGACAUCCACUGAGGUGACACCACUUCCCUGCCUGCACUGCUUCGUGUUACGUGUCAACACGGCUGGGCCACAGUGCCAAAUAUUGGGUCGAAUGUCCUAGUAAUUUCUGUGAGUGUUUAGAUGAAAGUUACGUUUAGUCAGUGGGCUCUGUCAGGCAUAUCGUCCUUCAGGAUGUGGGUGAGCCUCAUCCAAUCCAGUGAGGGCCUGCAUGGGAGGAGAAGCUGACCACCCCUGAGCAACAGGGGCUUUUGCCGUACGUGGCCUCCGGAUGCGUCCGCAUCCAUCCUCCCGGGCUGUCUAGAUGUCCUUGGGACUGGAAUUGCAGUUCUUACCCAAGUCUCCACCUCACUGGCCUCUCCCACCAGAGCCUGGACUGUCUGA